AUGAUCUGGGCACCUAUCAUAUUUAUUGAUACUCAAAUUGAUCAAGCAUUUAAAGGUGUCCCAAAAUUUUCAGAUAGCAAAGCCAGUGAAUUCAAAAAGGGAGUUGAUGAUGCUAUGAGUUUAAUUCCAGUUCUUGUUGAUUAUUGCGACAACUGUGACGAGUAUGAGUCAGUCAAUACAAAGGUCCCUGGUCUUUAUUUACAUCCUACUGAUGUUAAAUUGAAUGCUCUUCACCUUCAAAUGCUGGAAGCGAUAAGAGACCAUUUCUUAAUCAUGACUCCAGAAGUAUGUGAAAGGAACUUAAUGGGAUUAAUCUCAACCAUUGAAAAGGUCAAACAGGAACUCUUAGAUAUUGGAGAAGUUGAUCAUCAGGAUAAAAUCUCUCUGCAAAUGGAAAUGGAUACCAAGGCUAGAUUAAGUUAUCUUCUUCACCAAAAAUGGGAGACCGAAUUAGAAACUUUGGUACACCAAGCAAUUCACAUUGUGCCAAUCGAAACUGAACAUUUCAACUUACUUGGUAUCCUUGAAAAGAAUGAUUUAUCUCCGAAUCAACGUCGUUGGAUUACUAAGUUAUUUCCUUUCCACAUUGAAGUCAAACAUAUUCAAGGUUCCUCCAAUUGGGCUGCAAAUUUUUUGCCAAGGAAUUCGUGGAAUAAGAAAAUCAAUAUCAUUGUGAACACUACAAGAUUCAGCUACAACGUAGACAAGACCGGGUUCAGACCUGAUUAUGCUAACGACAAGGAUUGGUCUGAAAUUGUCAUGGAGUUGACAUCACAUCCAGGUUGA